AUGGACAUUUGCCACAUUAUUCUGGGGCGACCAUGGCAAUUUGACGUGGGAGCAACUCACGACGGGCGGAGCAAUACUUACUCUUUUGACUGGAAGGGUCGCAAGAUUAUAUUAAUGCCUCAAACCUUGUCAGCUUCAGACAGAAAUGAACAAGCCACCAUGUUCGUUGUAUCCGGGGCUAGUCUCAUCCAUUUGUGGCAGGAAAAUUCGGUGAUGUUUGCACUUAUAGCUGAAGCUGCUGAAACCGGUCGAGUUUCACCCAAUGUUCCAUCCACUGUCCAACCGAUACUCCAACAAUUUACUGAAUUUUGGCCAUCUGAGCUGCCGAGUGCUCUACCGCCUCUCAGAGAAAUUCAACAUCAAAUUGAUUUCCAACCAGGCGCAGUUCAACCGUGCGCAGUUCCAGCUCUACUAGUGCCAAAGAAAGACAAGACUGUGGCGACUAUGUAUAUGAUAGCUCGGGCUAUCGCGGGACAGUAA